UUCAACUACAAAGCACCAUUGGUCCACAAGAAAAGAUAUCCACACACCAAAGGCAACAGAUGGCUCAAAAGUGCCUCAGCCAGAUCGUCAACUACAAAACACAAGAAAUUGAGACACAUCUUUAUAUCAUCGAGAACUCAUUGUUUAUCUUAUGGCGCCAUCUUGAUUUCUAUUUUCUUCACUGUAUCCCAUCGGACGAGGAACACAGCAUCUUACAUGGUGGUCACGUGACAGGAAGAAUGAGAAAACUUCACGAAUGGUCAACUUCUGUAAACGUAUCCGCAGCUUCAUCCAUCCACGAACAGACAACCACGAUCAGCGAUGGCGUGACUCGUGACGAAAUAGAAACGCUUAAACAAGAAGCCUCGAAUUGUCUAACUGACCUGUUGCUGAAAAAAAUGGUUGAUCUGGAGCAGAACCACGGUAAAGACAGGACGCGUGUCGGAUUCAUCCGGGUUCUCGUUCGUCGAAUCAAGCGUCUCCUCACUCUUCACUGUUCUCUCGUCAAUGAACCACUGCCAGGUCGUUAGAUAAACAAAGAAAAUACUAACCUUAUAGAAUCUUCUUGUUAAAAGGGCAAUUUGAUCAGAACGUCUUCCCCUCAUAUUAUUGCUCCAUUAAGAAAAUGCUCUCCACUGUAAAUGUGUGAGCCAUCCCUAAACUCAAACUAGUGUUAGUUUUUCAUAAAAAGAUUUCCUAACGCAAGUACUAGGGUAACGAAAGUACCAGUGAAAACCAGACUUGGUUAUCAUUGCGUAAAUGUAGUUUUUUGUCUGGUAUAUAAAUGUUAUAGGAAUUACAUUCAUAUUUUUGUACUCUGUCAAUCAUAGAAAUACCAGCAACAAUAAAAAGAAAAGAUUAACACUUAA